AUGGCCAGGGGGCCUGCGCCCCUGGCCAGCCCGGCAGGGCCUUCGACGGACGGGGCGGGCGACGCCCUUGUUGGGGGCCGACGCGGCAGGCAGCGGGCACUGCAGUUCUAUAUCGCGCGCGUCGCCAGCUGGAACGAGAAGGGCCCGAUAUACUUCGAGCUCGAGAACGGCGCGCUUCAGCGCGCUCGCACCUGGGAAGUCGCAGAGCACCGCCCGAAGGGAAAGAGAUCCAACGAAGCCAAGAAUAAUCUAAGCUGGGCCACCAAGGCGGCCACGGCAACGGAGACAGCGCGGCGCGGGGCUCGCGGGCACGGAGGAGCACGGCUCAGUGCCGAGAAGGACCUGGCCUGGAGGGGUUACCUCGCUGCGGCCAGGAGCAGGCGCAGUGGGCAGCUGUUUUUUCUUCGACGCCGGGGGCCGGAGGUAAUCUUCGCGCCCGUGCAUCUGGCGGUGGGAGUUGGGCCGGCAGGCCAAACAGUUUAUAUUCUAAACAGCACGGCGUCUUUUGGCGUGGCCAAGGGCCUCCUGUUCAUCACUGUGGCUGAUUGGAACAUGGGCAGCCCGAG